AUGGCAUCGGACAGUGAGGUAAAAACCCUCCUGAAUUUCGUCAACCUGGCCUCCAGCGACAUCAAAGCGGCUCUGGAUAAAUCAGCUCCUUGUCGCCGGUCUGUUGACCACAGAAAAUACUUGCAGAAGCAGCUCAAGCGGUUUUCUCAGAAAUACUCUCGGAUCCCACGGUGCCACCCCAGCAAACCCCCUGAGUGCGGCUGGCGCAGGGGGGCAGAGGACCGAGGCCACGCUGAGGCGGAGGAGAGCCUCACCGGGGAACGAGUUUUGCAGGAGCAGAACCCUGAGGCUGCCAGGCCUGACCAGGUGCCCAUGAGGAAGCGACAGCUCCCUGCCUCCUUCUGGGAAGAGCCACGGCCAGCCCAGAGCCUGCCAGCCAGAGCCUUUCCUGCUGGCCCCGAGGGGCUCCUGGCUCCCAAAGACCCUCCUCCCUACGAGGGGAAGAAAAGCAAAUGGAGUUCAGACACCGCCAGCCCAGAGAGUCCCCCUGAGUCUGCCCCACACGCUGGGGAGAAGGACCCUGCUGGGGGCCUCUUGGGGGGGGUGGGCGCCUGGACCUGCUGCCCCUUCCCCUGCCCUGGGCCGGGGGUGUACCAGCCCCCAGGCACACUGCCCCCAUCACCUUUCCCAGGGCUGGGGCUGUGGAGGAAGAGUGCGGCCACGCUGCCGGCGGAGGUGCCGCACUUCUGCAAGGAGGCUGAUGGCAUGGGACAGAACCUCUACAGGCCCGUAGUUUUGAAACCCAUCCCCACCAAGCCUGCUGUGCCCCCGCCGAUCUUCAAUGUUUUCAGCUAUCUUUAG